AUGCGGAGGAAGGGUGGGUUUGAAGAACAAGUUAUAGGGUGGGCGAGCGGCAAGGAUAGUAGUAGUGGAUGUGCUCGGGAGCCAUACCCCCAAGCGUCGUCGGGGCGGGUGGGCGAACGAAAGGAAGGCAUGGGGAACGCAGUUGCGGAUGAGUGUGGGGGGGGGGGGUCUUGGGGGAGUGAGCGGCUCUCCCUGUGGCGUCGUUGGUCCGAGUAAGCACCGGGGAGAAUUGACUCAAAUCUCACGGCGAAGCGACUAGGCUUUCCCCCGGUGUUUUUUUUUUUUUUUUGCGUGUUUGUGUGUGCUCGCUCGUUGGUUGAAAACAGGUAUGAUGGUAGUAGUGCUAGGUGGUUGGUCUCUUCUGACUAGCGCGUAACUGUAGGUACGUUUAUCCUGUACUUUUAGCAGGGGGGGAGUGUCGGCAGCGGCGGCAUCUCUCUCCCCCCGUGUUUGUUCGGCACUGUAGCGGUCAAGUGUAGGCAGGUACGUAGGUAGGUGUAGGUUUGGGUGCUG